AUGGAUUGGUGUUGUGAUAACACAAUCGGGAAAGUUUUUGAUCAAUGGCAUAUCUUUGCAAUUGGUAAGAAGCAGAUGCAAGUCUGGACUAUGAUGUUCUCAGCAAUGAUUUGGACAAUUUGGACUGAGAGGAACAAAGCUAUUUUUGAAGAUAAGCAAGUGGAUUGGGAAAAUGUCUUAUAUUUGAUAUACAUCAGAUUUGGUAUGUGGUUAAAAGCUGUGAAUAACGACCUUCCUUACACUGGCCCUAAGAUAAUGCAUUCCUCAGAUGGUGUUAAAUUUAGAGAAAAUCUCAAGAAAUCGACAAGACAUAUCUCUGAUUGGAUUGCCCCACCUCUAGGAUCCUUGAAAUGGAAUACUAAUGGUUCUUCCCAGGAAAAUUGCUCUGGAAUGGGUGGAGUUUUGAGAGAUGAAAGUGAAAAUUUUCUUUGCAUCUUCUCAGGACCUGUGGGCAAAUUGGAUUCAAAUUCAACAGAGAUAAAGGCAAUAAGAUUUGCCUUGGAGCUGUCAGUAGAGUACGAGGUUAAGGAUAAGGGGAAAAUUGUGGUUGAAUCAGACUCUCUCAACAGUGUCACAUGGCUGCUAUCUCUGUCAGAUUUCCUUCAAUCACGUAUGGAGAGAGUCAAAUUCGAUGGCAGACACUUUGGCUAA